CGGCCGACUUAACCGUCUUUGCCUCGAGGUGUGCGGGCUGUUUGGGUGCGGAAGGGGCCUGCUCGGGACGCCGCGUCGCUGGCCCGGCUGCCGGAGCGGCCGGACGGGGCCUGCAGCCGAGCCUGGCCGGCCGGGGCAACGUCGCUGCUCUCCCAGCCCCCGCCCUCCCUGACGCAUUCUGCCGCACCAGCUGUAACAUGGCGGCGGUGGCGGCCUGAGCCCCGGGGAGCUGGGUGGGUGGUGGAUGCUUCCACAUCGUGAGGAGCGAGACAAUUGGAUCAGUUGUCCUGUGGUGUUUUUUUGUUUUGAUUUUUUUUUUUUUUAAUUUAAAGAUUGAACUCUUGGACCAUGGGAAUCAAGGUUCAGCGUCCUCGAUGUUUUUUUGAUAUUGCCAUUAACAAUCAGCCAGCUGGAAGAGUUGUCUUUGAAUUGUUUUCUGAUGUCUGCCCCAAAACAUGCGAGAACUUCAGGUGUCUUUGUACAGGUGAAAAGGGGACAGGAAAAUCAACUCAGAAGCCAUUACAUUAUAAGAGCUGUCUCUUUCAUAGAGUUGUAAAGGAUUUUAUGGUUCAAGGUGGUGACUUCAGUGAGGGAAAUGGACGAGGUGGAGAAUCUAUUUACGGAGGAUUUUUUGAAGAUGAGAGCUUCGCUGUUAAACACAACAAAGAGUUUCUCUUGUCGAUGGCCAACAGAGGGAAAGAUACAAAUGGCUCACAGUUCUUCAUAACAACGAAGCCAACACCUCAUUUAGAUGGGCAUCAUGUUGUUUUUGGACAAGUGAUCUCUGGUCAAGAAGUUGUGAGAGAGAUAGAAAACCAGAAAACCGAUGCAGCUAGCAAACCAUUUGCUGAGGUACGGAUACUCAGCUGUGGAGAGCUAAUUCCCAAGUCUAAAGCUAAGAAAGAAGAAAAGAAAAGGCGUAAGUCAUCGUCAUCUUCCUCCUCGUCAUCCAGUGACUCCGAUAGCUCCAGUGAUUCUCAGUCCUCUUCUGAUUCUUCUGAUUCUGAAAGUGCUUCUGAAGAGAAGUCAAAGAAAAGGAAAAAGAAACAUCGGAAAAAUUCCCGAAAACAUAAGAAGGAAAAGAAGAAGCGAAAGAAAAGCAAGAAAAGUGCAUCUAGUGAGAGUGAGGCUGAGAAUCUUGAAGUACAGCCUCAAUCUACCGUUCGUCCAGAAGAGAUCCCUCCUAUACCAGAGAACAGAUUCCUAAUGAGAAAAAGUCCUCCUAAAGUGGAUGACAAGGAAAGGAAGAACAGAGAGAGAGAAAGAGAGAGAGAGUGCAACCUACCUAACUCCCAGCCUGCUUCGUAUCAGAGACGACUUUUAGUUACUAGGUCUGGCAGAAAAAUUAAAGGAAGAGGACCAAGGCGUUAUCGAACUCCUUCCAGAUCCAGAUCCAGGGAUCGUUUCAGACGUAGUGAGACUCCUCCACAUUGGAGGCAAGAGAUGCAGAGAGCUCAAAGAAUGAGAGUAUCAAGUGGUGAAAGAUGGAUCAAAGGGGAUAAGAGUGAGUUGAAUGAAAUAAAAGAAAAUCAAAGAAGCCCAAUUAGAGUCAAAGAGAGAAAAGUAAUUGAUCACAGGCAUGUGUCUGAGAGUCCAAACAGAAAAAAUGAAAAGGAAAAGAAAGCUAAAGAACAUAAAUCUAACAGCAAAGAGAGAGACAUCAGAAAAAACUCAGAAAAAGAUGAAAAGUAUAAUAAAAAUAAAGUGAAGAAAAGGGCGAAAUCUAAAAGUAGGAGUAAGAGCAAAGAGAAAUCAAAGAGUAAGGAAAGAGAGUCAAAACAUAAUAGACACGAGGAAAAGAAGGUGAGAUCAAGGAGUAAAGACAGAGAUCAUGAGAUUGUUAAAGAAAAAGAAAAGCAGUCUGAUUCUAAAGGAAAAGACCCAGAAAGGAGUAGAAGCAAAGAGAAGUCUAAACAAUUAGAAUCCAAAAGUAAUGAGCAUGAUCAUAAUAAAAAUAAGGAAAAAGAUAGACGUGCACACUCAAAGAGUAGAGAACGAGAUAUAACUAAGAGUAAACACAGUUACAAUAGCAGAACAAGAGAACGGAGCAGAAGCAAGGACAGGAGCAGAAGAGUGCGAUCCAGAAGCCGGGACAGAGACAGAGAUCGUAGCAGAAGCAAGGAGUACCAUAGAUACAGAGAACAGGAGUACAGGAGAAGAGGGAGGUCACGCAGCCGUGAGAGACGAACUACACCUGGAAGAUCUAGAAGUAAAGACAGGAGGAGGAGGAGGAGAGACUCCCGGAGUUCAGAGAGAGAAGAAAGUCAAAACAGGAACAGAGAAAAAUACAGAAACCAGGAGAGUAAGAGUUCACACAGAAAAGAGAAUUUUGAGGGUGAGAAAAGAAUGUACUCAAAAAAUCGUGAUCAUAAUAGUUCAAAUAACAGGGAAAAAAAAGCUGACAGAGAUCAAAGUCCGUUCUCAAAAAUGAAACAAAGCAGUCAGGACAAUGAAUUAAAGUCUUCUACAUCAAAAACUAAGGAGGAUGACAAGACCAGCUCCUCGGCAGAAAAAGAAUACCAAAAAUCAAAGGGUCAAGAAAAUGAUCAUGUACAUGAUAAAAAUAAAAAAUUUGAUCAUGACUCAAGCCCUGGAACAGAUGAAGACAAAAGUGGAUGAGUGAGUUCUGUAAACUUACUUCAUUUUUUGUCUCAAAUUUUAAGUUUUACAGACUUCCUGGUGAAUCUCCUUUAUGUUUUGUUUUCAUUGUUUUUUGGGUUGUUUAUGUUUGUCUUUUUUUUUUAAUGUGGACUUCAUUAAGUUGAUCUUUUGAUAAUCUGUACCUGGAUAAUUUGUACUGCUAAAGUUUUAAUAAACUUGAAAUGAGAAAAACACUUUGGAGUAAUACUGUGUGCUGUGUUAAACUCUUUUAUGUAUGCAUUUUUGUGUUGCACCAUCCAACCAGUAGCAUUCCUAUUUCUUUAAUCAUCUACUUGGAAACAGGCUUAAUGAUCAUUGCAAUACGUUGUCAACAGAAGUUCUUAGUUUUCAUGAUUAGUAAUUUAGAACCUAUCAAUUAAAAAUCUUCUAUGGAUUUUUCUGUUUGCAUUUAUAAUGGCGAGUUGCAGCAAUUUCUUUUAAUUAUACAGGAACAGGAUUUUGUUGAGAUCUUAAAUAUUUUUUUGAUUCAACAGUAAUUUGUGCUUUAAAUAGAUAUUAUGGCACUUUUUACCUUAUUCUUUAUGGUUUCAGCCUUGUCCAUUUCAUAGGAAUACUUUUCCUGUCUGGUUUUGUUUUACUUAACUCAUUUAAAAUCAAAGUUUUUUUUUUUUUUUUUUAUUUGAUGGGCUGAUUGAGUUUCUGUUGCUAUUGUACAGCAUUUGACAGGAAUUAUUCUUUGGGAAAACCAGAUUGUAAUUCUUAAUUCUAUGUUCAAAUUGUUGCUUUUCGAGAACAUGGCUUAACUGCUAUUAUUAUUGCUAUCUUCUUAAAUGAAAAAUACUUUUCUGACUAAAACAUACUACUUGUUCAGGUCCUUAAGGUAGAGAGAUUCUAAAAAUUGUUAGUAAUUUACAAAUUAACUUCUAAGAUCUAUUGUUUUGGCCCUAACCGAUAUAAUGUUGAGUGGUAAAUCUGCAUGGUUUUUUUGUUUGUUUGUUUUUUCUUUUUGAAGUGACUUCUAUAGCUCAUAGUUGUGAGUUCAAAUGGCAAGAAAAUGCAUUUUUUCUAUAUGUGUACCAAGAUAGGCUUUAGCAUGUUUAUGAUUCUAACUUUUUGUUCAGCCAUUAUUGUUAGCUUAAUUUUAAUUUGGCAUGUGUAACAUUUCCAUAUAGAAUAGAAAAUUGCAAAAAUUUGACAAGUUACAAAGUAAACAUAUCCAAAAUCUAUUCGAAUGUGCAUUGUAUUUUGCAAUUUUUGUGAUGUGUUUCUGUAAUAUCUCUACUAAAUAAAACAUUGGACGUCCAACAAACACAAAACCUGCCUCAUUUGAGAAGAAUUUUCAAAAUUCUGAUUACUGUAGCCUCUUAAGUUUUAUACUUUAAUACUUGUCAAUAUAGAAAUCACUCUACUACCACGUUGGUUUCUGGAUAAAUCAAUAGCCAUUCCAAUGCUAUUUGUACUGACUGAAUAAAACAAUGUUUAACUUGAUAUUUCCCAGUAGAUUAAUACAACAGUGCUACUUUUGGGUUAUAAAUUUGGAAUACCUGGAAACAAAUAUCCACAGUGUAUUUUUCCCCUAAUGAUAAAACUAGAUGUUUAUUAAUAAUCCAGGGUGAUUUAUUCCUUAGAGGAUGAUCAGAAACCUGUGUUUGUGAUCAUUUGACUCUUAGUGCCCAACCUGUAUAAUCCAUUGUGUUGUUUAAUCAAAAUAUUUUGUCCUAUGUUCAGUGAAUUGCUUUCAAGAUCUGUUAAAAAAUUAUUCAGAUUUCAAGAAAGAUAUAAUCAAAGGAAGGAUUUCUAAUAAGUGAUGCCUACAUAUAUUUUUAAGACCAUGGUAGGGAAACAUACUUCUGUGUUUUCUGAUCCCACAGUUUUAUCUCAUGUUUGGAUAAUCAGAGGAGCAACUCCAUAUUAAGUAUUAUUUAUUUGCCUUCCCCACCCUCCACGCCCCCCUGACACAUCUCCUAGCCUUGUUAGCUGCUUUGGCAAGUGAGGUGGUGAAGGAGUUGAAGUGAGAGUGGACAAUCAACUGGAUUUUAUUGUUAGAAUGAUAAGGAAUCUUAAUUGAGCAGCACUAACCUCAACUCUUCGCAUUGGAAUAAUACACAGCUCAAAAUGGCCCUUUUCUUAAUUUUUUUUGUUUAUGCCAUCUUUAAUUUGUACUUUCAACAUUGUUUCCUAAGAGUCAGCUAUUGCAUUUUCCCCACCAAAUUAAUUUAACUUUCAUAUCUGAGAUUACAUAGUUCACUUCAAAAUAACUUUGGCUUGAAAUCCUUUAAAGAUGCAUAUAUGUGUGUUUUGAUUGGUGAUUAACUGAAAAUGUCUUCACUAUGUGGGAUUGCGAUGUUUAUAUGAAUCACAUUUCUGGGUUAGCAGUCUACACAGGGAUUGACAAUAGAGAAACUGUUAAAUAUGCAGUAGAGAGGCUAUUGGGUUCUAGAAUAUUCUUAAAUUACUCUAGUUGUAAUUCAUAGAGCAUUGCCAUUUCUUUUAGGUUACUUAACUGAUUCCCUCAAAAUUUGCAAAUAAUUGCUUUGAUAAAUCCUUUUUUGUGUGUGAUUCUAGUAUAUGUUGGCAUUGCUAAUGGCCUUUGAUUUUUGUGCUCAGUGGAAGAUGUACAAAACCAGUGAAGAUUUCUUUCUGUUAUUAGUAGGCAGACAUUGAGUUUAUUAAUAGUGGUGUCAACAAAUAAUUCAAAUGUAUUUGUUAGUUAGCAUUUAGAGCAAGUCUGUGUAUCUUUUAGUACUUUAUUGUACUUUGGUCCAGAUGGCAAUAGUUUUCAUCAUACUGAGAUUUUUAUAUUAAAUUUCUGUAGAAAUUUGUUGAGUUUGCCUUCAUUAAAAGGUACUUUAUGUAUGUCCCAUAUAAUUGUUUUAAAGAAAGAAAAUAGGUAUUUUUCUGUCUACCUUUAAUUUUGUUUACUGUUGCUACUCUACUUUGGAAUCAUACUUUGACAAUUGAAAAAACUUCAUGGACUGUAGGCUGAUAACCUAUUUAUUGUAAAAAGUUGCGCUUUGUUACAAAUAUUUACAGGAUUAGUAGAGUAAGCAAAAAGAAGUGCAUCUUUAGCUGGCUGCCAUCUUUAGUGGUCUUCCCAGCUGCAUCAAAGGGAGUGAGACAAGUGAAAAUUCACUGGCCUGUUGUGUGACAAGGUAUGAAGUAUUAAAGGAAAAGGAAAGCAAGUCAUAAUUAGAAAUCCCAUAAGCAGGGUUCAGAGGAAGUCGUGGGAUUUUUUUGUUACAGGAGGAGUGAAGUAGUUCAGGGGUUGAGACUUUUUUUUUAAAAGCAAGUUUCGUUUUUCUAAAACCACAUGCUCUGUGUUCCCCUUUUGUGUGAUUAAUGAAUUGGGCAUUUCCAUGUGGGGAUAUUCAAUGUUGUGGCUGCUCUCUGUGAAAGGAGAAAAUAGUGAAGUUAAUGCACUUCUUUUCAUAGCUCAGAAGUCACUGUGAUGUAUAUUUUUUUAAUGAAAUUUACAAGUAAAAUUGUUGUCUUCUCAAUUGUAAAACUAGCUUCAAAAUGCUGCUUCUCUAUUAGUUUAGUAACUGUUGAACUGUUUUCUGCAUUUUACAAACUUUAAACUUCAAAACUGUAUUAAUUUUUAUAGUUAAACAUUGUAUUAAAUAAACUAUGCUCUGU